CUCCUUUGUUUGUUUCUUGAAUCAGUGAAUUCGGUUGAAUAUUCGUGACAGUCAGGUGUCGAAUAGUCAAUGAUUGACGGAUUAGGGGUGUCUUGGAGAUGCCAAAGGUGAAGUGAAUGGACAAUAAGUGAAUAAUCAACAAAUACUAAAUAACGAGUAGAUUGUUAACAUUAUGGCAGCUGCAGCCUUUGCUGAAAAUCUUCCAAGGUAGAACGGAGACAGCUUCACGUUUGCGGGACAAGGGAGCCAGAAAAUUGUACACAAGAGAACUCAGCGUCCAAGACGAUGCCGAGCCGAAUACGAAAAAGCAAUGAACCUGUUGGAGUGAGUGAAAGAGGAUCAGAGGUAAAAGCCAGAGUGGGACAGUCAAUCGGCUUUUCACUGUAGUUCGGUUCAUGUAUUUAAACCGAUGAGUGUGUGAAAGAGACUUGAACUGGAGGUAGAAAGGAAGGCGGAGGAAUGGGCUCCGAGGAAUAAGGCCUCCAUCACCUUCACGUUUGUACAAUCGUCUUCAGCCGUACUCGGUACCUCAAGGAGGUAAAGUCCCGCUUCUUCGAGCUCUGUAUUUCGCUUUAUUUACCUCAUUCAAUCAGUAUUUUGCAGAUAAUUCUAUGUUAAUUGGAGAUAUCAGUGUAAUUGUAAGAUAUUAAUUGUUGUAGGAUCGUUUGAAGACAACUGAUGUCUCGUGAAAAUUGUCUGGAAGACGUUGGGAUCGUUGUUUAGGAGAAUUUUUAUCGAGUUUGAUGAGAAAAAAAUCAGUGCCAGUGACACAGAAUUACAGAGUGGAAAAGUGGGUGUGAGUGCUGUCUCUUGGGAUUGAAAUAACAUCGGUGGAUUAUUAUUGUUGUUAUCAGUGGGAAGAAUGCGGUAGGAUGCGAAUUCAGGGAAUAUGGAUUGUCCUCCUCGUCCUGGUGGCGUUAUGCCUCCACAACGGGGACGGCUAUGCAGAGGUCGAUCGUGCGAGACUGAGAUUUGUGCGAUCGGAUGUCAUUGAUCAAGAAAUUCCUGGAGUUCUUCCUCUCGACCCCAACAACUCCACCCUCGAGGUCCACAAGCCCUCCAAGGACGGCCUGGAAAUAAAGAAAAAAUUAACGAUAGUUACCGAGUUUAAACUUAAGGAUGAAACGAAACAUCAAAAAUCCAAAGAUGUCAAGAAUGAGGAGCAACUGAUGAAGAGUUUGACGUCGAAGACAACUGAUGAAUCUCCUAUUUUCCUUCCAACUGUGAGACCUCCAACCAAUGAAACAAAUUCUCACAUUGAAAGUAUUUCACCGUUCCUGGUUCGCGGAGAGCCCAUCACCACGACUUCGGAUGGCUCCAGGGCCCGAGCCCUGAAUAUUACAGCUCCAGAGCCCACCAAUUCCCUGCAUGCUAACCUGACUGAUUUGUCUGAUGUCAGUAUGGAUGAUGAGGAUAAAGAAAUUGAAGGAGGUGACUUCGUAGCAAACCAGAACGCAAGUAAAUCCACAAUCCACCCAACAUUUCCCUCUCCAGUUAUUACUUGUCAAGAUGGAAACAAGAUGUACCCAGUUGGUGAGAAAAUAUUGAGAGGAUGCGAGGAAACGUGUGUUUGUGGUGAAGGUGGAGUUGUGAGAGAUUGCAAGCCACGAUGUGUGAGCCCAACCUUCAGGGCAGGUCGAGGAACUCUUGAUCCAUUGUGCCAGGAGCAUCAUGUUGAUGCAGAUGGAUGUUGUGUUACCUUGGUCUGCGCUGAUUCAGCACCAGAACCCGAGGAGAACUGUGUUUUUGGGAACAAGACGGUGAUGAGGGGUCAGAGAAUCGAGGAUGGAUGCUCCCAGGUCUGUGGUUGCGAAGCUGGGGGCAUUCUGAAGUGCCAACCCAGGUGUCCACCCAAUGAUACCAGCUCGGGACUGAAGCAACAUGAUCGUUGUGUUGCUCUGCCAGAUCCAAGAGAUUCUUGCUGCACUAUCACGUUGUGCGAUGUGAGCUUGGGUGAGCACGAGAUCAAAUCAGAGAAUGCUGCUGAUCUCACGGUUAAUCUGGCUGACGUGAAAGUACUAAAUUCGACAGCAAUUAAACUCAAAUUGUCUUCGGAAUUAUCGAAUGGUGCUGCUGUGGAAAUUUCUGAGAAUAGCCAUGUCUGGAGGCAACGAAAACCUGACAAAGAUGGAAUUAUAUCAAAUCUUGAGCCAGCGCACAGCUACUACGUCCGGAUCACCGAGGGAAUCAGAACAGGACCCGCAGUUCGUGUGAACCUUCCAGCGGAAGUAAUUAAGACCAACAUAACUGAAAAAAUGGAUAAAAACUCCUGUUUCCAUCGGGGUAAAUCCUACAAAAUCGGGGCCGAGUGGUAUGACGAGUGCAUAUCCUUUUGCAUGUGCAGUGAGGGCCCAAAAACCGAAUGCGUCACCAUUGAGUGCCCCACUGACUUCGGAUUGGACGUUCUGGAUCCACACUGUCUCGAUUGGGAGACAGUCCCUCCGGAUUUCGUCCCGAAGGAGCCGCAGUGCUGUCCCCAGCAAGUUCGAUGCAGAAACAAUGGCUCGUGCGAUUAUGAAGGAAGAACGUACGACAACUGGAGUGAAAUACCAAGUAACGUAACAGGAUGUGAGAAGAGAUGUUACUGCGAAAUGGGAAAAGUAGCAUGUCAAGCUGCAUGUCCACCAGUUACAGCUCUACCACCUUCAACAUUACAUUGUCCAUCCAACCAAGCAGUUUUGAGAAAACUACCUGGUGAUGAGUGCUGCUCUCACUGGGUCUGCGACGCCGCACACCUCAUUCCAGGGAUGAACCCGUCCGCGCAACCGGGCCCCAAUUCCUCCCCACAUCCCCCAGACACCCUCAGGCCCCCCAACACCACCUCCCCAGCAUCAACAUUCCAUCCAGACAGCGAUAAAACCACAACAAGUAUAUCCCCAACGAUAAUCCACAGUCAUCCCCCCAUAAACUCCGUAUCACACCCGAUGAUCCCCUACUACAACGGCCCCUACAACCCCAGCUACAAGCCCACCGAGUCCAGCAUCGAGGAUAUAUUCGGCCUGUCGACUCGAGCACCAGAGAAGCCCGUUAUACCCCAUGGAAAGGACAAAUCAAAGACAAAACCAGACGCGAAGAAACCUCUGGAGCCAACGAAGCCCCACAAAGACGGAGUCGAGCAACUUCCACCGAGUCACAGUUUCCCAGGACCACUGGCCCCAAGCAAGUUCCCAGGGCUCCCUAAGGACCCCUCGAGCAUUGAUGUCCCUUCGAAAAACCCCAACAAACUCUCCCAGCCCGAGAAGAGGCCAGAUCAACCCCAAUUCGUUUCCCUGAAUCACAACGAUCGACCUGAGUACACCUUCUCACCCACCAAUGGCGAGAACAUUCCACCGAGUCAUUUUGAUCCCAAUCAAUUUGACAACGCCGACGUGGGGCCACCGUACGUUGCCACCAAUGGAGGAAAGAAGAAGGUCCCCAGCAUCGAGGGCUUCACCGACGACUCCAAGACAAAAUCUCCGGGUCAGUUCGCCGGAAAAAUAAAACCAGGACAGCGUAAACCAGAACAGGAAAUCGUUCCGGAUGAUCUGCUGCAUUUAAUUAACCUUCAUCAUCCUGGCCUCACUCAACUGGAUCAUCCACCGGCUCAGGGUCAUCCUGGUAUCUACGAGUUUCAUCAGCAGAUAUCGAAUCAUGGCGAGCCCAAUCAGGGAACCAAUCAGAUACAACCGAAUUACUUUGGGGUGCAGGAGCCCAUCAAGAAGUGGCCGCAGGUUGUUGCUCAUAAAAAUGAAAAUGGAGAAACUACUUAUCAUAUUCACAGGUCUGAGGUACCCAAUUCACCUCAUCAGAUUGAGGAACUGCUCGCUCAUAUCAGCCAGCACGACUCGAAUCUUGGGCCCUUUCAACAGUAUCCUAAUCAACCGGCUAUUGUUCAUAACUAUCAGAAUGGCCCACCUCCACCACCCAGGAUUGGACAGAUUGCCAAUUCAGGAGUUGUCACACAUUUGAAUCAUCCGUUCAGUUCAGGAGUAACAGACAGAUUCCCAGCGGGCUUUCCCAUCCACGGAAUCGGCUCUUAUCCUGACAAGGUCAGCCAGUCCUCCUCUGACGAAAUAGUCAUCAAAGCCCUGGAUCCACUGGACGACAGAACAGUUCGUGUAGUAUUCACUGUUCCCCCAGUUCUCGUUGGUCUCCAUGGACGCGUUGAAUUACGGUACACCAACGACAAGUCAAACCACGAUCCAUCGACUUGGAAGUCUCAGAUAUUCAUCCCUCCCCAUGACCUCAUCGAGACACCACAAAUGGAAUUCGAUCUGGACAGCCUUGAACCCGCCACCGAGUACCAGAUUCGAGUCACUGUCAAUCUCAAGGACAUUGCCAAUAGCCCCACCAGCAGAAUUUAUAAUGUAAUGACGCUGGAGAAACACGAGGAACUGACAACUCUUCCCCCUCAAAUUCCCAUUGACGCUGAGCUCCGGGUCGUGGAGACCAAUUCCAGUUGGGUAAACGUCAUGUGGAAGAAGUUUACUGAGUACGAGAUGCAGUUCAUUGACGGCGUACAAUUGAGGUACAAAGAACAUGAUGGAAAAGUUUAUGCUGCCACACCACUCAUUCAUCGCGCUGUCACUAGUUACAUAAUUGAGAAUCUCAAACCAGCGACAGUCUACGAAAUUGGAAUUUCGAUUAUUCCAUUUCCGGGACAAACUACUGAGCUCGUCAGUGAUAAAACGGUGGAGAUAAUAACAGCAGUGGAGCCCGACCCCUACUCGUUCGACGUCAAAGUCGAAAUAAAAACCGUGAAAUCCCAGGACGUCGAGAUCUCCUGGAGUGGUGUACCCUAUCCAGAGGACAAAUACGUCAACAUUUAUCGUGCGAUCUAUCAGAGUGACUCAGGAAAAGAGGACACGAGCACCUUUAAAAUAGCUAAACGAGACUCACUGGCCAAGACAUUGAUCAGUGAUUUGAAACCAGGCACCAGGUAUCGCCUCUGGCUGGAAGUCUAUCUCACCAAUGGACGGAUUAAGAAAAGCAAUGUCCAGGAUUUUGUGACUAAGCCAGGUGUUAUUCUCCAGUCUGGUGUCACUCAUCAGGGAAAAUUAGCAUCGAUUCCCCUUCACGAGGGGGAUUACUAUGGUCCCCUGGUUAUUGUUGCUAUUCUCGCGUCGUUGUCCAUUCUCUCGACUCUGAUACUACUCAUGAUGCUGAUGAAGAGGAGAUCCAGCAGCAAAGCUGAUAUAUCACCGAGGAAAACAACGUCAGCUUAUGAUAAUCCUUCCUAUAAGGUAGAAAUACAACAAGAAACUAUGGACUUGUGAGGACGCAGUCACAAUCACGAAUGGUCACAACAAAGCCACUGAGCACGAGAUGUCAACCAUCAAUUCAAAUGAUACAAAUACUAAAGAGAGCGUUUAAUCGAGGAAUUCCAGGAAAUUGUAGUUAUCCAUGACGGUAUUACAAACAUUAUAUCGAUGGAGAUACAAAAUUAUCCGUCCAUUUGUCAGUCCAGUGUCGUAAUACAUCACCUUCAUUUCUUGAACUUAGAACCAGUAAAACUGCCAUUUUUUUUCAACGUGCUGAUGAUUCUUUUCGGUUUGACAUCGAUAACUUAUACGACAACGUUUUUUUUUUUAUUUUAUGUUGCCAAGUGUGAAUAACAACCGAUAACAUUAAGGAGGAAUUUAAAUAUUUUUUUUCGUCAGUCCAGGACUUUCUCAACAGGAAUUUCACAGGUUUUUUCACUCUUCUCUUUUCUAAACCGACGAAUAAUAUCAAUAGAAUCAGUUUUAAACAAAAUAAACUUCUGUUAUUAAACUUUUGCGGAAAAGUCAAUGAACAUUUUUUUGCUGCACAUUUUUUAACCGAAAAUAUUCUAUAGAUCUCAGACAAAUUCCACAGAAAUACGUUAUUUAAUGCAACUUUUUUAUUAAACAAUUUUCUAUAAAAAUUCCUUCCCAUGAAUUUCUAAUUCUAAAACCACUUAGGGGACCGCUUUCACCAGAAUUACCCAGUUUUAGAGAAAAUUAGAGGUCUAUUAAUUGGUCGUACUGAUUUUUUUGUAAAUGUUUCACGAAAAAACUGGGUCAACUGCAAAAAACGUUUUCAUUGAUAAUUUCACUUCGAGAUUCCUCUAUAAUUGAAAUUAUUGUUAUUCAACAUGAAAGCGUGUAUAUAGAAUUCCUGUGCAAUAAUGUAACUUACGUCGCACGAUCUUAGUGACUGAACAUAAACGAAAUAAUCAUGUUACAUGUCAUAGGAGACUUUGAACUUGAUAUCAGAAACUCCGAAUUGAAUCUAAUCAGUAGAGGUUUAUCUAAUUAUUAUCAUCAUUAUCGUGUAUUUAAAUAGAGCGUAAGGUUUAUGUAAUAGUACGUUGUCCAGAAGGGAUGAUGAAAAAAAUGUACAGUAUAUAUUUGUAUUAACAAAAUGAAAUUUCUAUAUAUAUUGACAGAUAUGAAUUCAGAAAAAUAAAGAAAAUAUUCGUUCAUUA